AUGGAUUCUUCUUCACAAAAAGAGUCCCAGAAGAAGAGCGACUCUUCUCAGAAGAAAAAGAAGAAAAAACCAAAGAAGGAAAGAGUUAUCAAUCAAUAUUACCAGUUAAACAGAGGUCAUUAUGAGAAGUUCUUGAAAUCGAAGGGUUGGGUCGAUCCAAAUCUUGCUUCAGUGGCAGAAACAACGACUUUGCUCAAGAAUUUCUUCAAAAAGCUUUCCGAGCUCAGCAAACAGCAUGACUUCGAGGAAAAUGCGGAGAGAACUCAAUCAAUUCUCCACAAAAAAUAUGAGCAGACUUCAAAACGCUUCAAGAAGAGCAUGGAAUGCGUGAAGAUCGUCAACAAAGCCCUGUGCGAGGUGACUGCUGAGAACUGGAUUUCUCUCGCGAAAGAGAUGGAGGAAAUGUUUAAUGCGCGCAAAGAGCAGGUUUGCGAAGAAACGACCAAGUUGGCCGAGAAACACGAAUCCUGGAAGAUCGAGGAUUUGUACGACCGACUCUAUGACCAGCUAGAUGCUAUACAUAAGAAGAUAAAAGAUCUCGAGAAAAAAGAAGAGGCAUUGAGUGACGAAGAAGCCUGGGGAAACAAAUCCAACUACUUGCGACAGUGCGAGUACAAAAAGCAGGCUGUGAAGAUUUACUCAAGGAUUCAAAAACUGAAUCACGAAACAUGCAGUCUUAAUCGCGCUCGAGGAAAGUUGAAAACUCUGUCUGUUCUCGUUCAAGCUCACAAAAAGAUCAAGCUAGAGAAGAUUCAACUUUUGAACAACCCAGAGUUCAAAAAUCUGCAACAAGUCCUCGAAGCCUUCAUCAAUUCCGAAGAGGAUCUGCCGGACAUUGACGACUACAAGGACUUGAUUAAUAGAUGGCGAGAUAAACAUUUGAAACGCGAACCAGAAAACAAGAGUAUACAGAAGCUGACUGGGAAAGCCCUGAUUGCAGUUGCUUCGCAGGUUCUACGGGAGGCGACAGAAAAGUGGAGCAAGAGGCGAAAAAAAGACUUUGCGGAAGAUUUUCUUACGGAAGUUUCUCAGCCAAAGGAUCAAGAACUGGAGAAGAAGUUGAACGAGAAUAAAAAGCGCUGUAGAUACAUGGACAAGCCGGUCAAGAGUGUGAACGAGCUCCUCAAUGAAUUCAUGGUGAAGCAAGAGGCUCAGGAUAUCGGCUUUGAUGAGAUCGACCUUGAGGAUAAUGAAGAAGACGAAGAAGAUCAAGAAUCCAAGUCUUCAGUCUCUUCGAAUGAAUUCGGACAUUUGAUUGCAGAAUGUGAAUCAGAGGUCGAAUUCGACAAAGACGAUGAGUUGUUUGAUGAAAACAAGCCAUCGACUUCUGCUUUACCACCUGGAAUCCCUAAGCCAGAUACCCCAAUGGAAGAGUCUUCCGAUGAAUGGUCUGGACCAGAAGAUGACGGGAAGGAAGCUGUUCCAGAAGAAGAGUCCUCUGAUGAGUGGUCUUCGCCGGAAAACAACGAGAACUCUUCGAAUAAUGAGAAAAACACGAGCCUCCAGCUCCCAAGCACUUCUGCUUCAAACGGAUUUCUGAUAAAAGCGGAACCUGUUGCAAGAAACGAGCGCUCUUCCCAAGAAAACAACAAGAACAACUCAUCUGCUGGUCUACAACAAGGACCAAAGUCUGGAAUCAAGGAAGAGUUCGGCUAUCAAAAGCAACAGCUUGCAUCGACUCCACACGAAAACCUCGUGGUGAAGGAAGAGCAUGUACAUGUAAAAAAGAAGCGUAGAGUUCAGCUUGUUUCUAGACCUUUGUCUGAUUCUGAAAAAUCGAGUGAUGAAGAAAUCAAAGAAGUUAAAAGUUCAACUGCUAAAAAGUCGAGGGAUCCAAGUAUCUUGGAUGAACUUGAAGGGUCAAGUGAUGACACGCCGCUAGACAGCCUUUUUGGGGAAGAAGAAAAGGAAAAAGUGAUGUCUAAGGCAGAGAAGCUCACCGCUGAAUAUAAAGCACAGAAGGCAAUACAUGAAACUACCAAAGCAGAAUACGAAGCACAGGUCGCUGCCUAUGAGGCAAGGAAGAAGGAGAGGGAAGCAAUGAAGAAGGAGAGGGAGGCAAAGAAGGCUAGGAAAGCAGCUAGAUUAGCGAAUCCGAGUAUUCUUGAUUGCCUUGAGACCCAGUCUUCAUCUGAGUGCCCUCCAAGCUCUUCCACUGCCGAUGAAAUGAUGCCUUCAACAUCGAGAGCACUGAAACCUUCAGAAGAUAUACCUAAAAAUAUUUCUAAGGAAAUAAUAAAACUGGUUCUACUCGGAGAAAAGUUUAAAGAAACUAAAAAGAAAAAACAACAGCCUAUUGAUCCUAUCGUAAUCGACUCGGACUCUGAUGAUGGCUACAAAGCUGAACCAGAAGCAUCGCCUCAGAAGAAAAAAAUAACAGCGAAGCCUUCGAAGGAGAAGAAGCAGAAGAAAGGAGACGAUAACUGUCAAAUUCUCAUCACUUCUUCAGACGAAGACGAACCGCCACCCCUAGAAGCAAGCACCAACAAAGCAAAGAGAGCUCGCGCUCUUGAUUCUCCGAAAACAUUUGAAGCUAAUAUAGCUAAAAAGAAGAAAGUAGUCUCUCCGCCGAGACCUGUCAUAACUCCGCCCCCAGAAGAAGUAAUGGACCAUCUACUUGGCAAGCCAGAAUCCCAAGAACGGCCAACGGAGGAAGUGGAGGACGAGUUUUCACGAAUGGCUGUGCAAAACGAGUCAAUCCGAGUUAUUCAGGGCAACGCACGUGAAUCUAAAACCGACCGGUUCGUGCAACGCGAGCCACCACGGUUUUCUCCUGAGAAUGCCUUUCGACAACCACCACUUACUUCGAAGAAUGUUUUCUCUAACAGUCCUCAAAAACUGAGGAACUCUGUGAUUAUGGUCAAUUCGAGAGUUGCUAGACUGUCAAUAAGUCCCACUGAAGGAACUGAAUUCAAACAACCACGAAAAGCCAGGGUCACCUCGAAACGUCCAGCCUCACCACCUCAACGAGAACCUCCUGCUCGUCGUCCUGUUGCCAAAAGUGAAUCAAAGAAGCGAAACGAAAAGAAAGAGUAUGAAGUCAUUUCUCUAUUGGACUCAGACUGA